AUGGACAAUCUUGCGCCUGAACGUCUAAUUAAAGACUUUGCCAGAGUUGUACAAGAUUUAACUUUAGGAGUGUGUGUUUCACCCGAAAAUGGUAACUUUUUGUUAUGGAACGGAGUGAUGUUUGGCCCUACGGGCACACCAUAUGAAGACGGUACGUUUAAAAUACAAUUGCAAUUCACAAAAGAGUACCCUACAACACCACCAGUAGUACGAUUUAUGUCAAAGAUGUUCCACCCGAACGUACAUGUCAGUGGAAACAUCUCUAUAGAUAUUUUGGACCAAAAAUGGAGUCACAUGCACGACGUGGCAUACUUACUGAUGACAAUUCAAUCUGUUCUCAAAGAACCAAAUCUAAGUUUAGCUACAAACGCUGAGGCAGCUACUUUAUUCGUGAAAAAUCGAAUGGAGUAUGACAGAAGAGUUUCUGAAACAGUUCAGUGGUCUUGGAACCAUACCCCAGACGAUGAUGAAAAUGUAAGUGAGAACGAAUGUGAGAAUGAUGUAGAAGAAUUACAAAAUAUUAUAACUUGUUGUUUAAAAUACAAUCCCAAACUGUAUUAUAGCACAAAUAAUUGA